CGCUUGUACCGGCCGCAGAUACCAAGCAAACAUGUCGAAUCGAACGUUGACGUCGGCCCUCAGGUCGCUGGGCCGCCGCCGCGGGACUGUAUCAGCACUGGUGCCCUGCCAAUCGAGGCAAUUCAGCGCCUCGCGUGCCCACGGUGUCAGGGCCGUAUUCGGCGAGACUGACAACAGCGACCUCAAUGAAGUCCUUCGUACGAUACAAGAGAAGAUCAUUCUCCCCGCAUACCUCCCCAAUAAGCAGCGCAAGCUGGUCUUCGACCCUAAGAUGCGCUCCUACCUGCAGCAGAACCCGGUCGUCAUCGAGGUCGAGGGUCUAGAGCACAAGUUCUCCUCCAUCGACCGCUUCAAGGGCAUCGAGAACUCCAAAGUGAUCCUGGCCAAGGCUCUCGAAAAUAUGCACACGGGCGAAGACUGGGCGAACCUCGGCACUCUGCUGGCCGGGUACAAGAAGGCCGGCAUCAAGCUCAAACCCGACCAUUGGGGCAAGGUAGUGCGCGUCGCCGGCUCACGCGGUCACAUUUACGUCAUCAUCGAGUGCGCCAAGCAGUCUGACAAGACCGGCCUGCUGCUGACGAACCGUGAGACCGUCGUGAGCGUGCUCGCCUUCGUCAACGGUAAGAUCGCCACGAACCCCGGGGGUGUGGCCGAGGCUCGGCAGGCGCUGCGGUGGGCGGAAUUGGUGCUGGAUCUGCUUCAGCGGCCGGAGCACAUGCUUCAGACAGUGCGGCCACGCGACAGGCUGCACUUUUCGCGCGUCGUUCGGGGCCUGGUUCUGUUCGCACGAUCCUCGGCCGUCAAGGCCGAGCAGGAUGCAGGAGAGGCCGUGGAGCAGGACAUGGCUCUGUUACGGGAAGAGGUGACCUUGCUCGAAUCUUUAUGGGAAGGCAAUGCGCCUCAGGUCUUGGCGACUCUGGAGGAUUUCGCCAAGCUCAAUCCGACGCCUGAGAGGAGCAGCGGCACGCGGGUGCCGCAGGCACUCAGUGGUAGUUCAUACGUACAGGUGCUGGCGCAGAACAUCAAGGGCAUCCAGACAACGCGGGAUCUACUCGGCGACGAGGCCAAGAGCCUGGCACCCGUCCAGGACGCUCUCGAGGAGCACCUUGGAGAGUUUGUGCAGACAGCGCCAGGAAGGGUCAAGGGGUGGGAGGACGAGUACGAAAAGGUGGUGGGCAAGCGGCCGAGCUGGUCAAGCGCCUGAGGGACGCGAGGGACUGUGUAAAUUCUAACCCAUUUUUGUACAACAUACAAAGGCAUCAAAGCGACGAC